UUGUCCUUGGUAACAAUCCGAAACCAAAACCUAAAUCGGAUCUUAAACGUCCGGUCUUCUUCAACGAGACCCUGACUGUGAAAUUGCUAAAGCUCGGCCCUAAUUUACUUGGAGCUGCUCUUCUUAAUCCCCGAACUGCUUCCGCAAACACAAUUUGCGGCAACCAUCAUUAAGGCCGUUUCAAGAGUUUUAUAUUGCGUGGUGAAGAAGAAUGGAGAACGGUUGUUUUAAUCGGGGGAAAAUUAAUGCAGAAGAUGUGAUAACAAAGAUCAAGGAAGACGGAGAUUUCGAUCGGCUCCGUCUUAAAGUUGUCCGAAAAGUAAAAGAUGACGAAGAAUUGCAUAAUAACAUUAUGUCAGCCGUGAGGCAAUCAAAAGCACUUAACCAUCCAAGUGCCAAAAGAUUAAAACCAAGGCAACUUUCUGAUGCCAUAUAUGAAGAGGUUGGGACAAAAGUCAUGAGUGAAAUUUCUGAUAAUAUCUGGAAGGUAAUUAGAUCUGUGGAUGGCAUAAAGAAUGAAAUAGCAGAAACAGUACAAUCUGUUUGCAAAAGGUUAUUAAACCCAAAUGCUCAUCAAGAAGGUCAAACGUCUUCCAAGGAAAACUUUGAGGCAGAUGCGAAGGGACUUGGAAGUAACAGCGGUACAUGUGCAGUCAAUGGUACACUAUCUGAUAAUGUGCCAAACAAACCUCAUGGCGAGAAAGUUAGAGAUGAAUCUAAUCUAGAGGCCCAUUGCUCAGGGCGUCCUGUGGGUCUCAACAAAGAAAAUGGUGCAUCUGCACCUUCUCCUGGAUUUCCCGAUGCCGUGGAUACUAAUCACCCAUCUGAUCGCAUUGAUGAAGACCCCGAUGUACCUCCGGGGUUCGGUUAAUGCUUCUAUCCCCGAUUCUCCUCCACAAGGUAUUAGUAGUCGAUACCAUCAUAUUGUCUCUGUAUCCGUUAUGAACAUAUGAUAACCAAGGUCACAUGUUCUGGUUUUGUGACGAUUUGACAAAAAAGUUCAGUUUUAAACUUGAAGCUCAUCAAUUGAAAAUUAUUCAUAAAAUUUAAUUGCAUUUAACCAGUUUUGUGUUAUAUAUACUUAUUAUAUGGUGCUAUAAUUGUAUGCUUUUAUUAUAAAAUUAAAUGAUAUUUUGGAAGUUGUAAAAAAAUCAAUUUGAAAGCAUAUGUCUGGAUACAGUGUUCAUGGUUCAUGCCGUUUCUAUCUUCCUAUAGUGCUAUAAUUCUAUUUUAUUUGUAUCUGAUUUGAAUUCAAGAAGACUGUUUUAAUUUGGGGAAAAGUGGAUCAAAAUCAUAUUCAUGGUUAAACCCGUUUUUACAAAAAAAUUGCCAAUUGCAUAUCCAUGUUACUGUUAGCCAGCUACCACAUAAGCGUAUCACAAGCUUAUCUGAAUUGAAUCUUGAUUAUUAUUUAUCCUUUAAUUUGGCCAAGGUACAACUGUUUUAAAUUAUAAUAAGGCACAACUGUUUUACAUUAUAAUAAGGUACAAGUAAUAAAUAUUGGAAACUAACAUUGUAUGUUUGCAUAUUAUGUCACUUUUACGAUUUCUUUUGGAAAAUUAUAUGUAAAUUUAGUUUCGGUAUCAAAUAUGAUUUUUUCUUGUGGGAAGCAAGUAACCAGGUAUCUCUCUUUAGGUCUGAGAGAGUAAGGGCCUGUUUACUAACAGAAAUAUUUUCUGUUUUUCCAGAAAUCUGGAAAACUGGAGAUAGAAAAUUUAGAAUACCUGUUUACCUCAUUGUUUUCCGAAACAAAAAAAUUGAAACAUAUCUCGAAUUUUCGUUCUGAAAAGGAGAACCCACUUAUACGCGUUUUCCGAAAUCAGAAAACACGGUGCUACAGUGCCACACACCCUCCUCCUCUAUCGUCUUUACUUCGCCAACUCCUUCGCUACUAAAGUGGUAGUUGGCCUACCAUCUUUACUUCUUCCUCAUCUCCUUCACAGCACCAAGGAGACCUUAAAUAUCACUGCCGUUCAACAUACUCAAACAACAGUUCGCUGCCAUUACUACUCCCAGACUACUCAAAAUUGGAUUGCCGCCAUCGCUGCUAGGAGCUCCACCUAGACAUCACGGAAUCUCCCGACUCUUCAUUCGGCUCUUGCUCUGUCAAGAAUUUCAAGGUAACCUCUCAAUUUCAGAAAUUCAUUAGUGUUAGAGAAAUUGCAUAAAGCUCUUGUUUCAAAAGCUUCCAGCAACGAUAAAGCCCAUGUGUAAAGCCCUUGUUUCAGAAAUUUCAGUAGCGUUAAAAUGGCUGCAGUGAGCCCUCCAUUAGUGCUUUAAAGAAAUUUUGAAAAUAAUAAUUAAAACCUAAGGGUAAUUUGUUAAAACAAUUGCUUCAGUAAAUAGAUGUUCAGCUAUUUUGAAUGAAUGAUAAUACUAAAUUCGUUUAUCAUAUGUUAAUAUUCUAAAAUUAUCCCAGCGUUUUAUAAUAGGUAUGCCCUGUGUUCUGGAAUGCUCCUUAUUCAAUUUGAUUUGAGUAAACUUUGAAUAUUAGUAAGCACAACAAAUGCUGAAAGUACCAGCUAGUUGCAUCCAAAUGUUGUUGUGAAGGUAAUUAAUUCAGGUCAGGGCUAAGUGGAUCAGUUUGACAUUUUUCAAAAGUGUUUAUAGUAUUCUUGUUCAAAGUAUACAAUUAGAGAUUUUAAUAGGGAAGGUUUUAAGUGAGAGUUCGAUUUUUUUUUUGUGUGUGUGUGUAGUAAAUAAUAAUCUUUAGUCUGAAAUAUAUGUCAAGAUAUACACCAGCCUUAGAACGUUCCGUAAAAAAAUCCUCCAUCUGAAUGGGCUCUCAACUGGUCAGUUUAGUAAUAAACAUGUUUUGAUCAUUUUCCUUGCUUAACAAAAGUUAAUAUGUCUUCAUAUGGGAUGCUUGUCACAAUGGAGGUUCGCAGACUACCCAAACUUUGGUACAUCAGCUGUAAUAAUUUGGAAGCAAAAGUUAAUAUGUCUUCAUAUGGGAUGCUUUUCGGAAUGGGGGUAGCAGAACACUUGUUUUGGAAGCAAAAAAAUAUGGUCCGUAGUAGAUUGGAUUUGUUAGCAGUUAGUAGAUUAGUUUUGUUAGCAGCCUACCAUAUGCAGUUUUUAAAAAUCAAUUUAUAUCCACUUAUGCACCCAAGUAUCCAGGUUGGAAUUAAUCAGUAGAUGAUAAUUUUUACUUUCCUUGCUGUCAUAAAACUAUCUCCAGCACUGACCAACAGAAUGUAACAAGUUUUGGGCAGACUGCUUCUCAAGUCAUCAACCAUGGAUUUACUGCUCUAUAUAGUUCACACACUGCUUCAAGUUUUUUAUAUCGAGAGACUCACGGCUCUUCCAACCAUUGCCAUUAUAUGUGCUUGCGUUGAGUAAUUGUCAUGUUUGUGAUGCACUAAUACUAUGAUGCAGGCAUUUGAAAGUAUGUUUGUGAGUCUGGCAGUGACUUGAGUUCCAUACUUCCAUUAAAUAGUUUAUUCCCAACCAUAUGUUUCUGAUGCACUGAUAGAGCAGGCAGUUUAUAUAUGGUCAAAGGAAGACGUCUAGUUAUUUUUGCAGUAUAUUUCAGUUUUGAAAAUUAUAUAUCUUUGACAUUAAGAGGUCUGUUUUUUCAGCUUUUUUCUUAUUAAUUAUUGCUUAGGAAGAGAAUUGAAAAGUUAUGGCUAGACAUUUAUCUAACAUUCCUGAUUUUGCUAGGAAGAGAAUUUCCAACCAUUUUUUUCAUCCAACUCACUUUAUCUUUUGUAUUCGUUGUUUCAAAUCUUAAAGGGAUGAUAAAGGCUACUUUAGCAAUGACAAAAACGAAUGUUUUCCAACUAUAAUUGAAGCCAUUGUGAAUAGGAGGCAAUUGACUGGGGCCCUUGGAUAUUGUUAAUGAUGAAGAAUUUGAGGUCUAUAUUGUGAACGCUCAUUCGACAGAUGAUAAGUUUUAUGAUGCAAUGAAAAUGGUUACCCAUUUAGAAGGUAGGUUCAAAUUCCCAUAGCUUGUUGUGCAUUGCAUAAUUUCAUUCGCAUGCAAGAUAGGAAGUAGGAACGACCGUUUGUUCAUAGAGUACGAGGAAGAGGAUAUGAUAUUUGACACGGCAGCAAGUACAAGUGAAAAUUGAUUACUCGAGAUUGAUAUGUCUCAACAACAACAAAUGCAUGAAAUUCAAGAAAGUAUUGUGAAUGCAAUAUGGGAUGAUUACAAUGUAUCGUUUAAGGUUGGGAUGCACAAACCAAAAUGUUUUAAUGCACCAAUGCCUGCUGAUUGCUCCAAUACUACAAUAGAAUUUCGGCACCAAGGCAAAUCACGUUGGAUAAGGAAGGAUGACAGUCAAUGGAUGAGCGUCCACCCUCUGUUCUCACUACGUUUGACAAGACAUGUAAUUGCCUGUAGUUUAAUGUGGUGUUCAAAACUGGUUUUUGAAAAUUCUCACCAAAAUGAAGGCAUGAGCAUGGCCUUUAUUAAUCCCACGUUUAAAAUGAUAUAUAAAAUGAGACUCACAUUAGUAUAUUGCUCUUUUCUAUCUUCUUUUUAUUUAAACCCCGUCUCUAAAAGGUUUGCCAACUUCAACCUACACGUGGACUAACAAAAUAAGAACCAUAUGACUAAGAUUUAUUUAGAAGAAAGAGAUGUAAGAGCAUAUUCAGUGCCAUAAUGUGCACGGUACAUAUGUGAUAUGAGAGAGAUAGACACAUAAAUAUUAAUGAGAAAUAUAUCUCUCUCCUUGUUUGAAAGGUCUUAUAUGUUAUAGGUAAAUUUUUCUCCACAUUAUGAAGAUGGAUGUAUAGAUGUAGACAUUGUAGUUGAUAUUCUUUUGAAAAACUCAACAAAAUUAUAUAAAACUGUGGAAAGAGAAAUGUGAAUGAUUCGUUUUUCUGUUUCUAUCUCUCUCAAGCAACAUGGAUUUUGCACAUUCUUGCAUUGGAAAUGCUCAAAGUAAUCAUAGUUUUUUAAAGGGAAAUGCAUUUUGGGAUUACCUAAUAGAAAGAUAUGGCAAACCUAUUUACUGAGAUGAAUGGAGUUUUUAAAUUAUGAUUGUGUUUGUUUAAUUUAUAGAUGGCACUCAUUAUUGUGUUUGUUUAUUUGUGGUUUGAAGUAGAGUCCAUGAGUGUAGAUUUGAUGUUAUUUUGGCUUGUUUUUUAGCUUCACAUUGAUCCAUUUUGACUUGCAAAAGGCAUUGUUGACAAUAAUAAUACUGCAGUAGCCUAGCAGGGCUUUACAAUUGGACCGACUAAAUUUGAGGCUAGCCUUUAUUAAAC